GCCUCAAAGUCAUGUGAUAAACAAAAUGGUGGCUGUUAUGUCGCUGUCAGUGUUAAACGGCUGAAAACUGUGCGGCGUCGAAUCUACCCAUGGAAAGGAUUAGAACUGCUUAUUUCCACUCGUUUCGGUGUUUCAUUUAAUUGGAUUCACCUACUAGCCCUUGGUUCAAGUGACAAGUUCUAUUUUUAUCACUGACAGUUUUUGUCAGCUGUCACAUCACGCCCUGUGGUGGAAAUGGCAGAGUCUAAGAGAAGAUGGACACUGGCAUAUCUUGACUUAGUUGAAGUUCCCUUUGAUCUUGCUGAAAAAUAUGGAGGAAUGAUCGAAGAGCUGGAUUUAAGCUACAACCGAGUGACAGAUUUACGUUUUAUGAGUGACUUCCCCAGAGUGUCAACACUGAUCCUCGAUCACAACAACAUCAACUGCCAGGUGAAACUGCCACUUCUUCCCCAACUGAACACGCUGUGGGUCAACCACAACAAGAUAAAAAACCUGGGUGUGUUUGUUGACACUAUUUCCAAGACAUGCCCAAAUCUGAGGUUUCUGUCCAUGAUGAACAACGCCGCCGCCCCCAGCUACUUCAACGGUGGAUCCUACCAGCAGUAUGUCGACUUCAGGUACUACGUGAUCAGUAAGAUUCCCACACUGGAGGCUCUUGAUGACAAGCCAGUGACGCCCAACGAAAGAAGGGAGGCAGAGAGAAUAUACCGGAAACCAACCAGGAGGAGCAAGAAAAGCAGCAGCAGCAAAUCCGUCAAACGACGGAGCAGCUGCUGGAACUGAGUUAUCUCCCUUCACAGAUACCGCCACUGAAGUGAAUCAUACCUCUGUGAACUGCCCUAUAGUGCCUCAACAAUGAAUAGCGUUACUUGUUUUUGAUGUGAAGAGCUCUGGGAUUAAUAGUUUCCUUUAAAAUCUGCACUCAUUGACUGAGGCUGGGAUUUUAGUCAAGGACUCUGAACUCAGUGGAGAAAAAAUAGUGCAGUUUGAUUUUACCCCAUAUUCUUCUGAAUGGUAGAGUGAACUCUUCCGUCACCUAGGCAACCCAGUAUAUCUUAUUAGAGUAAGGAUUAGUUUACUUGAUCAACGGGGAGGUAACAAAGUGGGAUAAGCCAAAGGUCUUCUUUGGGGGACUAUGUUUGUUUUUUAUUUCAAAACCUGCAUUAUACCCAGGUGAAUAUGUAAACCAGGGUGUGACCCAGAUUCACUUUGGUUGGCCGUGGUGAGCACAAGCUGUCAUUCUCCGGUUGAUGUAACUUGCACAUGCCUACAGAUACCCUCGGGUUACAGUGCUCACAGCACCUUCCAAGUGAGGCUAACGACCUCCAGGUGAUAUUAUUGUUAUUUUAACUAGUUUUAUUUAUGGAUUCAGUCAUGAUUAACAUCAUUUUAAUAAUGAUAAUUUACUGAUAAGUGUCAUGUAAAUUAAACUUUAAUUGUUCUCCCAGAAAUUGGUGAAUCCAUAACAAAAAACCCGAACUGGAUCGAUAACAACUCCUAGUUUAUUGCAUGGAGCAACGAUCUGAUGUAGAUUAACGCUCUGUGAAAUGAACAAGAAAUGGCUAUCUAUUUAGUUGUAUGCUUUAUUAUAUGCCACUGUUGUUAAAAAUACUUCAGAACUAUUAAUGCAACGUUAAUGAUAAUUUUACUUCUCCUCUUACUUACUUUCACUAGAUUCCCCACAUGGGUACAAUGUGUGAAGCCCAUUUCUGGUGUCCCCUGCCGUGAUAUUGCUGGAAUAUUGCUAGAAGCGGCGUAAAACCAAACUCAGUCAGUCAGUACUUACUUUUACUAGAUU